AUGUCGGAUAUCUCGGAUGAGAACGGAGAGACUGAUGAGAUUGAGGAGGAGGACGCGAGCGAGGACGCGGCCUCUGGUGAUGGGGAUGAGCUAGGAGAUGACACCAUCCCGAACGAGCUUCCGGCUGAGGAGGAAGAUACAGACAAGAAUGUCCAGAAGCACUUGGAAGUCCAUGACGCCACCUUCGAGGCCUACUUCCCACCAGAUGUGAUGCAGGAGGUGCAAGAUGCGUGGCACAUCUUCAUUACGCAGUUGAACGGCCGCGAUGCAGCAGGUGAGGCAAUCUAUGCGGCAGUCUUCGAUGCAGCCCCAAGCUUGCAGAGCCUGUUCAAAACAGCCAGGUCUGUGAUGGCAAUGCGCUUCAUGAACGGGCUGACCUCCAUCGUGUCCGCUGCGCAUAACGCGCAACAGCUCAAGACGUCAAGCUUGAGUCUUGGGUUCCAGCAUCUGGACCUGGAAGUAACAGCUCCACGAGUGGGCAUCUUCCGUGAAGCCAUCGUGGAGCUCUUUGAGAUGGAAUUGGGCGCCCGCUUCUCGACCAAGGCCAAGCUGGGCCUCCAGGCUGUGCUGAACUACUCCGGCGGGGCCUUCAUCUACAUUCGUCGGGAGUAUGCCUCCAGAAUUCGAGUCAUUCAGCGGAGUUGGAAGACUGCGAACAAGUCUUCGACAGAUGAGGCGGGCGAUCAGGAUGCGGAGGAGGAGGACAAAGCUUCAGGAGAAGCCGACGCCAAGCAAGAAGGUGAAGAACCAGCGGUCACGGCUGAGACUACUGCUGCUACGGAGAACCACACAGCAAAAGACGUACAGGCCCGGUGGGAGAGCCUUGGGGGUGCAGCAGCGAAUCGACCACACGGAACAUGCGCCAGUAGCGUAGCCAGUGGCCUAAGUGCUUCGUGCUUCGUCAUGACGUUUCUUGACCUUCCCACUUCCCAGGGCCACGCGUCCACCAAAACCAUGGCCACCAAAGAUGGCAAGGCGCCGGUAAAGGUUCCGACUACAUUCAAUGAAAUGUUCCUUUUCAACGCUGCAGUGAUGGGCUUUGCUGAAAGCGGGUGGAUGACGUUGGUCCUGGACCAAUUCCAUAACAUCGUCACCAACGUGGCCAACUCCUACCGUUUGCAAGAGGAGUGCGAUGUGUUGACGCUCGUCCUGGACAAGCACGAGGGUCAAGUCCACCUGUCUGAGUUCAAGGCCGCGUCUGAGUGCACAAAGGCUUCGCCUUCUGCAUGCAUCUUAGUCUUUCAAGUGCCAUCAAGUGCCCGUGUUGUGAAGGCGGUGAUGCUGUCAUCUUUGCGCUCCCUGGUACCGAAAGAGUGGGACUCCGAGCAUGAAGUGGCUUGGAACUGGCUAUGGGAGAACGUGGAGCGCAUGCUGAAGUCCCACAUGGGGAAGCCGCACAGCCAGGAAAAGGCUCUGGAGCGCUUCAUCUCUGGGCUUUCGCCCGACGACAUCACAAUACUCCGGCGUACCAUCUACCAGAAGUUCUUCCAGGUCGCGCCGGCAGGACAAGACCACUUCAAGCAGUCCACCACAAGACUCUACUUCAUCGCAGACAAGAUCUUUGAAAUGACAAUGGAGAUGUUUCACAGCCCACGAAUGAUGGUGGAGGACAUUUCGGCGUUGGGUCUACGGCAUGUGGGCUACGCUAUUCCCACGGAGCUCUUUGCUCCCUUUGUCUCCUGCGCCGUGGAAGCUGUGCGUACGAUGACCACGGACGAGGUCGCGGAGGCCGCCUUCCGCUGGUCCUUGACACUGAUUUCGAAGAUCCUCGUGCGCACCAUCCUCGAGGGCAGCACCAUCGUCAUGAAAGCCAUCAACACAAACCAGGCCAAAGCCCUGAAGAAGGCAGUGUCCAUUGCUCCAAGAAGCAAGCGUGCUAUGGAGCUACUGAACAUUACUGUGGGCACUCAAUCCAUCUCACCCUUCUACUGGGCCAUUGAAAGUGGCAGCUUGGAGUGUGCCAGAGCGAUGAUCCAGGAUUUGCUCACAAUCCGUGCCGACCGAGACAGCUACUACUACGGUGCAGACUCGCUAUUCACACGACAUCCGGAAGUUGUGCAGCGACUCUGUGCCGUAGCUCCACAGCUGCUGUGGCCACUUCUUGAUGGCCUGGUCUGGCGAUCUCGGCAAGCUCUUGGUGGAAAGCGCAGGGUGAACUACUACGUGAAGAACUUGGUGCAGGACCUCAGUGGCAACUUCAACAUGACCCUGGAGUGGCUCGUUGAACGACACGACCCCAAGAUCAUUUGCCAUCCAGCAGUCGUCAUCUUUGCAGAUCUUUUGUGGACUCGGCUUGCGCAGUACAACUUCCUCCUCAGUCGAUGCUACUUCCUCUUCUCACUGUGUGUUUUCAUUGCCGGCCAAGCGAUCCUGGGAAGAACAGACGGAUCUUUCGAGGAGCGCAUUGGGACAUUUUGCUGCCGCAUCUUCAUCUAUCUUGGAAGUAUGUGCCGACUCCUUUACAGCCAGAUUCGUCUCUUGUAUGAAGACAUCAAGACCGGAGCCAUCGAACGUGUGUACAGGAUUCCCAUUCCCGCGUACCUGCUUAACCCGCAAGACUUUGGAAACCUCAUGCUCCUGAUCAUCCUGAUGUUCAUGUGCGCACAGGAGCCAAUUCUCCAUUGCCUUUCUCACACAGAAGAGUUCGGCCUCUUCAAUCUCAAAUGCGCAGAUACGAGUCACAAGGACAUCUACGCGGUGUUCUCAGGCGUUGCAAUGCUUCUGUACUGGCUCCUCCUCAUCAACUUCAGCAUCUUCUCCAUGCAGAUCUCGGCGUUUGUUUUGGUGUGCGGUCGAGUGCUGACAGAGGUUUUCCUAUUCUUGCUGGCUGCCCUCUUCUUGCUUGUUUCAUUCGCGACGGCCAUUGCAGCAAUGAAUCACAGCUUGAAGGAUUUCAGUCGAAUCGACAAAGGGAUGGAAACCUUGCUCGAGAUGACGCUGAGCAUGUACCCGAAUGAGGCCCUCAAAGAGGUGUUGACUCAAUCGGUUUGGGUGGAGAUCUGCAUCGUUCUCUUCACCGUCCUGAUCUCUGUUGUGUUCCUCAAUCUUCUGGUGGCACAGCUGAACCAGGCAUACAGCCUGGUUCAUGAAGAUAUGCAGGGCUAUGCGCGCCUGACCCGUGGGAGCAUCAUCGUCUCCACCGUUGAAGCGGUGUCUCGCAAACGUUGGGCAACCUUUUUGCAGAGCCUUGGCUUCGACCAACGUCUGGAAUUCAACGAGGGCGACAUUGGCCUAGCAGGUGGCAUCCAGGUGUUCGAGCCAGCCAACACAAAUCCAACAACCGUGGAGACUGUCAGGCGCUUCGGUGGCUCGACUGCACCGGGUGUGCCCUGGCCAGAAGAUCCUUUGGACACUGCUGACGACGACCGGCUAGAAAAGCUCGAGAAGAUCGUGGUGAAAGCAAUGAAGACGAUCACUGACAAGAAGGGCGGCUCCAUGGGGACUGGCUUCUCUGGAGUCUCAGGGUUCCCGUCUUCAGCGAGUGGAAGUGGGAUGAGCUCUGGAGCAGGAUCCUCCGACUCAGGAGGGCGCGGUCGUGCCUGA